AUGCGCUUUCGGAACAGCAGCAGCAGCUCCCAACUUCUCCUGGCCUUGGCCUUGCUUGUGCUCUUUUUGUUCUUGUCCCAGAGGAGGCUAGAGCCUCACCAUGGCACUCAACCUCAAACCAAGACCCAUGUGCUGAUCCUCUCCAGCUGGCGCUCUGGGUCCACUUUUGCAGGGCAGCUCUUCAGCCAGAACCCAGAGGUCUUCUACAUGAUGGAGCCAGCCAAGCACGUGUGGAACCGCAUGCCCUGGGGCAACCCCGAACUCCUCCAUGGGUCCCUGCGAGACUUGCUGCGUUCCAUCUUUCUGUGUGACAUGGCAGCCCUUAGCACCUACAUCAAAAGUCCCAGCAAGGUGAAUCACCUCUUCUUGUGGGAAAUGAGCCGGGCCCUGUGCUCCCCUCCAGCCUGCGAGGCCUUCAGCCGCUCUGACAUUGUAGACUUCGAGGAGUGCAAAGCCCAAUGCGGUGACACCCCUUUUCGGAAGAUUUCAGAAGCUUGCGCCACCUACAGCCACGUAGUGGUGAAGACCGUGCGCUUCUUCCAACUGGAAGCCCUCUUUCCGCUCCUGACGGAUCCCUCCCUCCAUCUUCAUGUCAUCCACUUGGUCAGAGACCCGCGGGCUGUCUAUGCCUCGCGGAAGGUCUUCUCUCUUCUCCCGGAUGACCUGCUCCUUGCCAACGCUGUCAACGCCACCUCCGGCAUCCAGGGGGUCAUGCGCCAAAUCUGCCACAGCCAGGCUGAGAUGUACCUCACGGCCUUGCACUACAUGCCUCCAGCCUGGAGAGGGCGAUAUCUCCUCACCCGUUACGAAGACCUGGUGAGAGACCCGCUGGGGCACAUGGCCAAGUGGUACCAUUUCACUAGCUUGUCUUCCUCCCCUAAGCUUGAGGCAUGGGUCUACAAUAUAACUCACUGGCCCACCAGCAGUGACGACGCAGAUCCCUUGGGAAUACAGAAAAAUGCCAACAUGGUCUCCCAGGCUUGGAGGAAGCAUCUCAGCUUCCAGGAGGUGCAAGAAGUCCAAGCCAUCUGCAGACAAGCCAUGGAGGUCUUUGGUUAUAAACCCGUGGGAUCAGGGGAGGAGCAGGGAGAUUUGGGACUGGAUCUUGUUCUUCCUCAAAGAAUAAUGAAGGACCAUGCAAAAGGGCUGUAA